UUUCUCAAUCAGUGGUGUAAUACUUUCGUCUUGCCAAUUGCUAUCAUCCUCUCUUUAUUUUUAAGAAAGAAGAGCUGCUCUCUCUUUCUCUAUCUCUACUGUCUGUCAUGUGAGUAAAGUCCAGUAAGGAAACAACACUCACCACGUUUCCUUUCUCCCUCACUUGCACGCAGAUCUGAACUUCAUUCAUCCAUUUCUCACUCUCCAUUACCAAAAAAAAUAAAAAAAAUAUGGCUACUUACUCCGUUGAUAGAUCUAUUCCCAAGUAUACCAGCUACGCCAUUUCCAUUGUUUUCUUGAUUUCCUGCUUCAGUUUCAGCUCAACAGAAGCUUAUGAUGCACUUGAUCCAACUGGAAAUAUCACAAUAAAAUGGGAUGUUAUGAAUUGGACUCCAGAUGGUUAUGUGGCUGUUGUCACUAUGUAUAACUUCCAGCAAUACCGUCACAUCCAAGCACCAGGAUGGACAUUGGGAUGGACAUGGUCAAAGAAAGAAGUCAUUUGGAGUAUGGUGGGAGCACAAACAACAGAACAAGGUGAUUGUUCAAAAUACAAAGGGAACAUUCCUCAUUGUUGUAAGAAGGAUCCAACUGUUGUGGAUUUAUUACCGGGAACUCCUUACAACCAGCAGAUAGCAAAUUGUUGUAAAGGAGGAGUGCUCAAUUCUUGGGUCCAAGAUUCUGGUAAUGCAGCAAGUUCGUUCCAGGUUAGUGUGGGUGCUGCUGGAACAUCAAACAAGACUGUAAGAGUGCCAAAGAACUUCACCUUGAAAGCACCGGGACCAGGUUACACAUGUGGACCUGCUAAAAUUGUGAAAUCUAGUAAAUUUGUUACAUCAGAUCUAAGAAGAACUACUCAAGCACUAAUGACAUGGAACAUUACGUGUACCUAUUCCCAGUUCCUCUCUCAGAAGACACCAACAUGUUGUGUCUCUCUCUCCUCAUUCUACAAUGAAACGAUUGUCCCAUGUCCUACUUGUACCUGUGGCUGUCAAAAUAAUGUUACUCAACCAGGAAGCUGUGUAGAGGGAGACUCGCCAUAUUUAGCUUCUGCUGUUACAGGUCAUGCUAGUAAAAAUGCUUAUUCACCUCUAGUUCAGUGCACAACCCAUAUGUGUCCCAUCCGGGUUCAUUGGCAUGUUAAGCUCAACUACAAACAGUAUUGGAGAGUGAAGAUCACAAUCACAAAUUUCAAUUAUAGAAUGAACUACACGCAGUGGAACAUGGUUGUUCAGCAUCCUAAUUUGGAUAACAUCACCCAGAUUUUCAGUUUCAAUUACAAGCCUUUAACUCCAUAUGCUGCUAUAAAUGACACAGCAAUGUUGUGGGGGGUUAAAUUUUAUAAUGAUUUGCUCAUGGAAGCUGGACCUCUGGGAAAUGUGCAAUCAGAGAUACUAUUCCGAAAGGAUUCUGAUACUUUCACGUUUGACAAAGGAUGGGCUUUCCCUAGAAGGAUUUAUUUCAAUGGUGAUAACUGUGUCAUGCCACCUCCAGAAUCAUAUCCAUGGUUGCCAAAUGCUAGUCCCCGACCGAUUGUGUCCAUACUUGGUUCUCUCACGGCUGUUUUGGUAUCUUUAACAUUCUUAAUGGCUUAUGCCUUGUAAAGUGAAUUUAUGGCAUCUUAUGGUGGAUUGUUGUCUCAAAAUCUCCAACUGGAUGAGAACAUCAAAAAGCUUAGAGGAUCUAGGUCAUGGAUUUGCUGUAUUGAAGCCUCAGUUCUAGCAGUUGAAGUGAGUUCAGGUGCGCUAUUGCCUGUUGAGCCAAGAAUUUCUUAUUGUUCAUGUAUGUGCAGGUUGAAUUCACUACUUUUUUGUGUACCUUUAGUUGUAAUUUAAAUCUUCAUAUAAUUAUUGUAUGAGAUCCACGUCAAAUCUGGUGUUCUUACAGUGUAAUAAACCAUUCAUACGCAGAAUAGAACUUAUUUAUGGUUUUGAUCACGCAA